AAAACAGUGGCCAUUCUGCGCAACGAAACUAAGAUGCGCAUUGUCAAGUUCAUUUCAAAGAGGCACCUGGCAGCUCUGCUGACCGACGGAAGCAUCAUCAUUUAUGAUAUUCCCAACCGCCAGAUUUUGUGCCACUUGUAUCCCCAGUAUCUUCGCCAACACAAUUUUUCGCAGCUUCCGUGGUGUCGGUUUCAAGGGAGUUCCAGGAACCGGACACAUAGCCUGCCUAGUUGUCCAUGCUGAGCAGAUGGCUGCCAGGCUAUUCAUCGACACGAGUUCGUUUGAAGUUAUACAGUCAGACACGGUCGUUCCUGAAGCGGGAUCGUGUUUCUCAGGCGCACAUGUCAAUUAUAUAAUCGGCGUGCGCUUUGUUAACAACUAUAUGGGCGUGUUUGUAUCUCCAUUUACACAAGCACACAACGGUGUAGUUGUCAAUAAUGCAACCGGAAACGAAUGGCACGCGGUGAAGUUGCUUCGCCAGAAUACGAACAUGCUGACAUCGGCCAUCAGCGAUGACUUUGCUAUUGUGAACGAAAAGCAGAUGCAUAUUCUAAUUCCUUCUGGUAACUUGUCUAGUACUUGUGUGAAACUAUGACACUGCCUGUACUCUAUGUCGGCGAGGAGUUCAUCGA